UGGUGGUUAAACAUGGAAUGCUUUAGUACCUUUCAUAUUCAUCGUCCGUAAGUAAUAACCAUUCCGUGACCUCAUGACCUUUAAGUUGAUUAAGAACCAGGCUUACAAGAUGUUAAUAAAUUACAAUGGAAGCUAUUCUUACACUGAGUGUGUUCCUCUUAGUGAUAUUACCUGUAGUAUUGACUAGUAGUCGAAUAGUUGGAUUUACUAGAAAUGACUGUAAUAAAUACCAUGUACUAUUGUCUCAAAAUGACACGUUUGGAGUAGACUGGACGGGACACCAAUACCCUAAACACUGCACAUUACCAUUCAAAGUACAAGACGCUUCCCUUUAUAGAUUGUGUGCAGUUGUUACUGUAUUUGAUAUUGAGUGUCCAGGUAUUUUUGAAGAAUGGACAACAGUUGUGUUUUACCGCGGAAAUGAUCGAUCCCAGCAAAAGAAAUACGACUGUAAUGACAAACUACCUAUUACAUUUUGCAGCGGAUCUGAGACACUUUCCAUUGAGUUGGAACCAUACUUCAAAGACAUACGACUGACUAACUCAAAGUUAAAAAUCGUUGUAUCUACAUCAUUAAAGACAACAUCAAAUCCCAGAGAAGAAAAUAACGGCGAUGGUUCCAUUUUGAUUGGUGUAGUGGCUACAUGCAUCAUACUAAUCAUCUUUUUUGCCUUUGCCAUAAUUGUGAUAAGAAGAAGACGAUAUAGAAAGGAAACUAUUGAUAAUAAUAUCCAAAUUAGACAGUCAGAGGAACCUCAACAGAGUCAACAAACUGGAGGUGAACCUAUAGAGUCAAGAUUAUUAUCUAGUGCUUCAAAUGUUGAUUCUCAGUUUAGGAGAGAAAGGCAAAAUAAUCAAUCCAAUGACCUUGGAAUAUACGGAGCUACAGGACAAAGAAAUGAAUUGCUUGCUUCUAGAAGUGGUCAAACUCCUUUAUCAAUAGUAACACAUGCUCCUCCAUUAAACGAUGAAUCUCGCAGGCCUGUUACAUCACGAACUAAUCAUCCAAGAUUUGAUGACAAUAUAGAACGUAAUAUAGAACAUAGACAUGGAAGACAAUAUAAUGGUAGGAAUCCAAUAGAUCCGAGUGCACCUCCACUUCACGAACAGUCAACUGAACCAAGUUCUACACAUUCAGGAUCAUCCAGAAACAUCAAUGCAAUACCCCCACCUUCGUACGUUGAUGUUAUGAGUAGGAGCAGUGACUUUGACUUACGAUAAGGCAAUCAGUUAAUAUUCUGUAGUGGUUUGCGAAGUACUAUUUUUGUUGUACUGUAUUUAUGAUAAAAGUGAUCUUGCCGAUUUGUUAUCUAAAUAUGUUUUUUUUUAGAUUAAGAAUAUAUUUGAAUAUUAGACAUGUAAAAUAUUUUUAUUCAAGCUGCCUGUUUAGCUUUCCAUUUGUUAUAUUAUUUAUUGUAUUAAUUUAUAUAUGAAUCUUUACUUUCAAUUUCAGUCAAGUCUCUGAUGUUUAUUUUUUUAAUCAAUUUAAGUUCAUGAAAAAUAAUAUUGUCGGAUAUAUCAAAGAUAAGAACGUUUAAAAUUGUAUAUUUAUAUUCAAAUGUCUUUGUCGCUAUAACAGCUAAAUCCUAAUUUGACAUUUGAACCUAUUAUAUAGUUUUAUUUUGUUCACCCAUUGUUGUCGGUAUAAUGGAAUUUUAGGUGGAUGUCAUACAAGGGAGCGGUUUAGAUAGGUAUAAAGCCAUCUAUAAUCCACCAUUUCUACAUACGGAAACGCCUGUUAUAAGUCAGGAAUAUGUCAUUUGUUUUACAUUCGUUUGAUGUGAUUGAGUUUUUGGUUUUGAUGCUUGAUAAGGGAAAAUAAUUUACAAAUUAUGUAUAUUUUAUUUGAUGGAAAGAUGCGUUCAACAAAACCAGUAUUUUUAAAAUUAUUUGGUGAAAAGUAAAGGAUGACGAUUGCUUCUUUUCAUUUAUACUAAAAAUCUCCUGUACGAAUCCAAUCUUAUAUGACUAAAGGAACAAGUCGGGUAGAAGAGAAGGACAGUUUGUACCCUUGGGAAUACCGACUGUGUACUGAGAAACAAGUUGUCAAUCAAAAAUACAAGCAUCUUGAUAAUGUCAGUUUCAGAGAAUUUAUCACUAAAAAAAUAUUCUAUACAAAGUAAGAUUUAUCCCGACCUAUAACAAGAUACUUGUAUACUAAAGAGGGGCUAAAGAUACUAGAGGGACAGUCAAACUCAUAGAUUGAAAAUAAACUGACAACGCCAUAGCUAAAAAAUAAAAAAGACAAACAGACAAAUAAUAGACACAACAUAGAAAACAAAAGACUAAGCACAACAUAGAAAACUAAAGACUAAGCAACACAAAUCCCACCAAAAACCGGGGAUGAUCUGAGGUGCUCCGGAAGGGUAAGCAGAUCUUGCUCCACAUGUGGCACCCGUCGUGUUACUUAUGUUAUUACAAAUCAGACAAAUAGUAUAAUUCGGUAGGUUACAUUCGUGAAGAUGAAAUAUAAGUAAGACAUGUCUUUUUAUUAAAUAAAGCAGUACCAAUUCUGUUAAUUUGUCCCUAAGGUUUGAUCAGGGAAACAUUGUGUAAAAGGUAAAACAGUCAGAUUUUUAAUAUUUUUGCUAGAGAAAAGAGUUAACGGAGGAAUAAAAAUAGUUUUCUGUAAAGGUCACGAAAUAGUUUGUUUAAUAUUCUUAUUUCAUGAAGUAUAAUCAUUAUAUAUAGAUCAUGGAUAAAAAAUUAAAACUGAAAUAUUAUAACUUUGUAUAACGUAAUAAAAUCACAGAAGUUUUUUCUUGUAUAUAAUUCAAUAUAAAUUUAACAGAUGUACUUGAGGGCUUGGAUAAGGUCUGUAGAAUUGAGAAUAACGAACAAAAAAUUUAAUAAGUAGAGAAAAAAAGAGCAAAUCAAUUAAGAAUGGUAAAUAUUGGGGUACAUAAGUAUAAACAAUAACAAUUAACUAAUAUGGCAAAACAAUAAUAAUUACAUAGAAUCACAUAAUUACAGAUAGAUUCAAAAGUUAAAUAAUUUUCCUGAAAAAUGACAGAAUGAGUGCCUAUUUUAAAGAUAAAUAAAAAUGCCCUAAAAUUUAAAUACAAUUACAAAAAUGAAGGCCCUCAUAUCUACCUUCAUACCUAAUGUGAUGCAAAUCAAUUUUUUUGUAAAACAGGAAUGAGUGCAACGAAGAUACUACAUAUGAGUGUGAAAAACAUAUAUUUUCAUAAAAAAAUCAACGGGCGUUGAUGUUAAAAACUUUAAAAUAGCAAGAACAUAUGUGAUGUACAAUCAAUACAGUUGAUACUUCUAUACUGAUCAUAACUCCUACUGCGAUAUCAACUUUAAAUUAACGCACUUACCACUUCAAAAUUUAAUGAUGAUGAGCUAUUAAAGGUGCAUAAGACAUUUUAUUUAAUAUAAAAGUAGCGAGACAUUGAUAUUUAAACCAUUCCUUUCUUAAUUAGGAUAGAUUUGCAUUUAAAAACCUCUUUUUAGAAAUAUCAUUUUGCUAUAAUGGUUAUUGUAAUGAUAUGUUUAUUUAAAGUAAUAAAUGUCAGUAACAUAUUGUUUUUACCUUGUUAGUGGUAAACUCACAAGUGGU